UUACAUAGCAACUUGUCAAUCUCUUUAUUGUCUUUCUAUGACAUCCUUAUAAAUAAAUGGCUCAUCUUCUUUCUCUACAUAAAUCAUAAACUUCCCACACUUGAAACAGGUUCUCUUUUCUUCUCAAUAUUGAUCUAUUCAUAUCUCCAGAGCAGCAAGCACAAGAAAAAGAAAUGGCGAAUCACAUAAUAAGCAACUCAAUGGGUGCUCUUCGAGUUCGAAUCAAACGUGGUAUUGAUCUAGCCAUUCGUGAUGUUAGGAGCAGCGAUCCUUACAUUAUAGUAGUUCUUGGUCAACAGAAACUCAAGACCCGUACCAUGAUGAACUCUCUAUUUCCUGUAUGGAAUGAAGACCUUACUCUUUGUGUUACGAAUCCAGAUGAACCACUUAAACUUUACGUUUAUGACUACGAUAGAUUCUCGUCGGACGAUAGAAUGGGAGAGGCAGAAGUUGAUAUGAGGCCGUUCAUAAAGGCAGUGAAGUCGAAUCUUGAAGGCAUUGAAGACGGGACCGUUCUCACACAAGUCCAACCAAGCAGGCUGAAUUGCAUUGCAGAGGACAGCUCCAUAAUCUUCGGUGAUGGUGAAGUCACCCAAAACAUGUUCCUUCGACUUCGCAACGUUGAAUGUGGGGAGAUAGAACUUGAGUUGAAGUGGAUUGAUCUCCCUAGUUCUCGAGCUGUGUAAUCCUCUUAGCCUAGUUUAGUUGUAAUCUAGUACAUAACCAAGUGGUCCAGCAAUGUGGUACAUAAAUUAUGUAGAUCUCCUGUAUAAAAAAGUUUAUUUAUUCUUUAA